CAGUUUCCAAGGUUUUGUCAGGCUCUAGUUGCGGUGUGGUUGGUUUAUUCUGGAACCCAGGGCAACCGAGAUCUUCCCACGCUCGCGAGAGCGCCCCCUUCUCCCCCGGUUUCCGGGACACAGCGGCACUUAUGGCUCAGGUGUCUGGUUCGCGCAGCCCGGAGAGAGAGGCCUCGGGCUUCAGGGGGAAGCGUCGCAGUUCCUCAAAGAGCCCUAAGCCCAGCAAAUCCGCUCGCUCCCCGCGGGGACGCCGCUCUCGUUCGCACUCUUGUUCUCGCCCGGGGGAUCGGAAUGGCCUCAUUCAUCAGCCGAGUGGCUGCAGCCAAGGCUCCCGAAACCAGUCCUACCGCUCUCGCUCGCGGUCAAGCUCUCGAGAGCGGCCCUCUGCGACGCGGGGCACCCCCUUCGCUUCUGCCUCCUCGUCUGCCUAUCAUGGCGGCUACUUACGCCCCUAUGGGAACGACAAGCCUUGGCCCAGCCUCCUGGAUAAGGAGAGAGAGGAGAGCCUGCGGCAGAAGUGAGUGAGACGGAUGCACCUUCUCUUGCUCUAGCCCACCUGCCUUCCAAGUCUGAUUUAUCGUUCAUCCCGCUACUAACUAUUCG